UUUAGUAUCUCUAUACCUAAACAGUGCACGCGCUUCGAAGAGUGAUCUCCUCUUGAAACGUAUCAACAUUUCCGAAAUCAAAAGUUUCGUAAUUAUAUGGAUAUUUUCUAAAUAGUGAGAACUUUAAAGAUAAGACCGAUGAGUCGUCGAAAAGUUACCUUGGUGUCAGACAGAAGCUCAAGAAGUCCGUAUGAGCAAGGAGAACUGGCGUCAAGCAGUCCAGAACUGGCAGCAAGGAGUGAGGAUAAUGAAACAUCCGAACAUGAGGUAGAAGAAGAAGAAGAGGAAGAAGAACAUACCCAGAGUGACAGGGACCAUGAUAUGCAUUCAGCUGAUGAAGAAGAUCAUGAUGACGGGCCUGGUAUAAAACCUCCACCAGUACCUGUGAAGAAAAAGGACAAGCACAAACAUAAACACAAAGAAGAUAGAAAGAAGGAAAAGCAAAGAGAAAGACACAGAGAAGAAAAAGAGGGACAUAGGGGAAAAGAAAGAAGUCAUGGUAGAGAUAUAAGGGACCAUAGGGAAGAUAGAGGGGCUCCUAGGGGAAAUCAGGAAAGACAUGACAGAAAACUGUUGACAGGAAGAGAGAGGGAGAAAGAGCUGAAAGAAAAAUUGAUAAAAGAAAAGGAAAAACGAGAAAAGUCUCGGAUGGAAAGGGAAAGACUGGAGCGUUUGGAAAGAGAGAAGAACAGAGAUAGAAAAUUGAGGGAAGAGAGAGACAGAAGAGAACAGGAAAGAAGGAAGAAAAAAGAAGAAGAAAGAAAACUUCAGCAACAGAGGAAGGAAAGGGAAGAAAUCAGAAUCAGAAAAGAGCAGCGUAUGAUAAAAGAAAAGGGAAUUAUACGUCACCGUAGUAGAAGUAGGAGUAGAGAAAGAAGAGAAUCAAGUAGAGAUCAUUCUAAAUCCAGACAUGCUCAUAGAUCCUCGGAUAAAGGUACAUGGUCAAGGUCAGGGUCAAAGAGUCAUGAAGAUCAUGAGAGGUCAAAGGAGAGGAAGGUACAGGUGAAGAAAGAGGUGAGAGAGUCUGAAGAAGAACAUGUAGAGGAGAAACAUGAACUACCUGAUACAGCAUUGUCACCAUCCGAGGAGGAAAGUGAAGAUACAGAAAGCGAUUCUGGCUCAGGAAGUGAAUCAUCUAGUGAGAGUGAUGAUUCCAGCGAAGAGGAGGAUCAUGUUAAAGAUGGCAGCGUGAAAAUCAAAUCUGAAAGUCCCGAUCAUGAUGACCCUGACAAGAAACAUCUGGCAAAGUCUAAAUUUGACGACCAUUCUGAAAAUGAGAGUGAGACCCAUUCUGUUCAUUUAAAUGAUCAUCACGAGGAUGAUGGUUACCUUGAUGAAACACCACCUAUGUCUCCCCUAGAACUUAAACCUGACUUACCUCCAUACUUUCCUGCGAUACAGGGAUGUAGGAAUGUAGAAGAGUUUAGUUGUUUGAACAGGAUAGAAGAAGGGACUUAUGGUGUUGUAUAUAGAGCUAGAGAUAAGAAAACUGAUGAAAUAGUGGCUUUAAAGAGGUUAAAGAUGGAGAAAGAGAAGGAAGGAUUCCCUAUCACCUCAUUGAGGGAGAUCAACACCCUGUUGAAGGCUCAACAUACAAAUAUAGUUACAGUGAGGGAGAUUGUAGUAGGUAGCAAUAUGGAUAAGAUAUAUAUAGUAAUGGACUAUGUAGAACAUGAUCUCAAAAGUUUGAUGGCGCCCGAAACAAUGAAACAGCCAUUCCUUGUUGGUGAAGUUAAAACUUUAAUGUUACAGUUAUUGCGAGGUGUACAUCAUCUCCAUGACAACUGGAUCAUUCAUCGUGAUCUGAAAACAUCCAAUUUACUCCUAAGUCAUAAGGGUAUUUUAAAGAUAGGAGAUUUUGGACUUGCCAGAGAGUAUGGAGAGCCAUUAAAGCAUUAUACACCUAUUGUUGUCACCUUGUGGUACAGAUCACCGGAAUUGUUACUGGGUAUCAAGGAAUACUCCACUCCUAUUGACAUGUGGUCAGUAGGCUGUAUUAUGGCAGAGUUUCUCGUCAUGAAGGCAAUAUGGCAGGGAAAAUCUGAAAUAGAUCAGUUACAGAAAAUAUUCAAGGAUCUAGGAACACCUACAGAGAAGAUCUGGCCAGGUGUGAUGGAGUUAUCUGGAAUGAAGAAGUGUUCCUUCACAGAAUAUCCAUACAACACAUUGAGAAAUAAAUUUGGUCAAUACCUCUCUGAUCAAGGGUUUAAUCUUUUAAAUAGAUUUUUAACAUAUAACCCCACUAAGAGGAUUACAGCUGGUGAGGCCUUAAAACAUGAAUAUUUCCGUGAAUCUCCUGUACCUAUUGACCCCUCGAUGUUUCCAACAUGGCCUGCAAAGUCAGAACAAGUACGAAAACAUGCCAGUUCACCAAAGCCUCCAUCUGGAGGAAAAGCGUACUCAAAGUUAUUGGAUGACGGUGAUGAUGCAAUAGCAGCUGGUUUCCAGUUCAGGCAAGCUGCCAAAGGUGUUUCAGCAAUUGGGCCAGGCUUCAGUCUGAAAUUCUAGUGUAAAAGAGGAAAAAACAUGUAGCCGAGAAAAUUACAAAUACUAUAUAUUAAAAAACAUGAAGACUUCACUCAGGAGGCCACUUUUCUUAUUUGUUUAAAAAAGAGUUUUUACUAUGUGGAUUAUUUGAUAUAGUCAACAUUAAGGCCUAGAUAACAUGUUAAGGAUUUGUUUGAUGGUAAAAAAUGAAGCAAGUGUAAAUUUUAAAUUAUUUCCAGUACAAAUUUCAUUAUCAUGUUGAUAAAAUUUUAUUGUCCAUUUUGCAGAAAACUUCAUUAACACUGUAAAUAAAUCAUUAUUAAAUAGU